GUCGUGACUCUUUACAACAUUGAAAUGCAGAGAAACAAAAAUUAAUAAAGAUUAUUAUAUUAUUAAGUUUUACAAAAUAAGAUUUAGAAUCUAAAUCUAGAUCUAUUUUAAGUUUGACAGUACGUUAAAAAAUGAUGAAUGGGUUGAUAUUUCGAGUAGACCCUUUGAAUAUUAAGCAGAACGAGGCACCGUGGUCUCCGAUGACCGCGAUUAUCCUCGCCUUGUGCAAUAACUAACAUAACACAGUGAUUGUGAACAGCAAACUCAUGUCUGUUACUCAAACUGAUACCAGUGUCUAUAUCUAGACUCUAGACUAGAUCUACUGGGUAGUGUACACCGGGAGCAAAGCCGAUUUGUAAAAAUGAGAUUCAAGUUAUUGCAGUUAACUAGGCUACAACAGGUUUCUCCACCAGUGGUGCCAAUCAUCAUUAACAUUAACAGGAAGCUUUGUACAAACACCCGAAGUUUGUUGUAUUCAAAAAGUGACGUUUUGCAACUAACCUCUUUUCAUAGUCAAUGUACACAGCUGCUGUAUCCAUGUGCUGAAACAACAUCAGUCCUAAUUCAACACAAGAAACUCAGAACUGUGCUGGGAAUUGAAACAAGCUGUGAUGACACUGGAGCAGCAGUUGUUGAUGAACAUGGGAACAUUAUAGGAGAGGCUUUGAAUUCACAGUUAUCCAUUCACAAUGAAACCGGUGGAAUUAUCCCAAAUGUUGCUAAAGAAUUACAUUCACAGAAUGUUGAACUUGUUGUUCAAAAAGCUUUAGAUGCUGCAAACAUGAGUGUGCAGGAUGUGGAUGCCAUUGCUGUUACAGUGAAACCUGGGCUCAUCAUGUCUCUACGUGUAGGUCUUGUUCAUGCUCAAAAACUAGCCAAAUUGUCCAGGCAAUUGUUAAUACCAGUUCACCACAUGGAGGCCCAUGCUCUUACUGCCAGAAUGGUUGAGAGGAUUGAGUUUCCUUUUAUGGUGUUACUGGUCAGUGGUGGCCACUGUAUACUUGCAAUAGCACAGGACAUUGAUGAGUUUUUGUUACUUGGUUCAACUUUUGACACCUCUCCAGGAGAGGCUUUUGAUAAGACUGCCAGAGAGUUGAAAUUAAACAAACUAGAAAAGUUCAGCUGCCUCAAUGGUGGAACAGCCGUGGAACUGAUGGCAAAAGAUGGCGACCCUCAGGCUUUCCCUCCUGUUCAAGUCAUGACUCAAAGAGCUGACUGUAACUUUUCCUUUACUGGAUUGAAAAUAGCUGCAAGGAGACAGAUCCUGCAAGAAUAUACCAGACUAGGGAUACCCCAAGAAGAAGUUCUCCCAAAUGCUGCAGAUUUGUGUGCUUGGUUUCAGUAUAACCUCAUCUACCACAUAGCCAGACGGCUUCAGCGAGCCUUUGCUUUUGUGGACAUGAGAGAACUUCUAGGUGCUAACAAAACAUUGGUGGUGUCUGGAGGUGUAGCUAGCAAUAACUAUCUCAGGGAAAAUUUGGAUUACAUUUGUUCGCAGUACGGCUACAGGCUGGUCUGCCCACCACAGAAGUUGUGCACAGACAAUGGCAUUAUGAUAGCAUGGAAUGGCAUGGAAAAGCUUUUGAGUGGUAGAAACUUCCUGGAAAGUGCAGACUUGUUAGACGUGCAAGCUAGGGCUACUUUUGGAAGAGACAUAUCAGGGGAAGUAACCAACACGAGAAUAAAACUUCCUAAACUAAAAUUAAUGCCAAGGUGACAGUAAUUUUCUUACACAGCAGUUCUGUAAUCAUCAUGAUAGAUGUUAUACUGCCCAGUGAUUCAGGCAAUAUAUCUCCAAGUCCUCUGCAUUUUGUCUGCAAUCAUCAAAAAUAUCUGAGUGCUUCCUACUUUAAUGUACAUGAUAUCAA